AUGCCCUCGGGCGGAGCUGCGGCCCUGCACGCCCCGGGUUUGGCCAUGAUACACAGCGCGGAUGCUGCCCCCAGGCAAGUAGCUCCUGUUUCUUUCAACCUUUUGAGUGUCCAGGACAGUUCACUGCCCUCCUCUCACUCCACAGGAACUACCGCUGCUCCGGGGCCAUCCGCAUCACCCUCACCACCCAUUCCAUCAUCGCCGGUGCUGCCAGUUCCACCGCCUACCAGCUCCGUGGACUGCAACUCCUGGACGCCAUCCUUGAGUCACAACACCCUGCAGCACAUCCCGGCGGCCCCCAGCACCACCGAGACACCAGCCACGGUAAGGUCUCAGACUAGUCCCGCAUGCUCGACCCCAGUCGGCGACCUCCUGUCCCACCUAGCCGGGCCCAGCCCCACCUCACCAUCUGCCAGGCCGUCAAAGGCUCAAGCAAAGUGGAUCGAACGCUUCGAGUCCGCGCAGGGCUGGGAGGAUUUCGAGACGACCGUGAACGAGUGGACAGUUUCACUUCAGGGCCCUCGCCGCGCUCGCCGCCAAGGUGGGCCGCGCGGGGGUCGCAGGGGCCGCCGGGACGCUGCCGAGGAAGCGCGCCGCCUGCAGCGCCUCUACCGACUCAACAAGAAGCGCGCCAUGCGGGACGUGCGAGGCGAAGACUCACCACUUUGCCCCGUACCAACUGCUGAUGUAGAGGCGUACUUCAAGGAUGUGUACAAGGGGCGCCAGAUGGACCUCUGUUCCGUCCCGGAAGGUGUCUCCUUGCCCACGACGCAACAGCAUGAUGGCAUACUUGCAGAUCCCAUCACCAGGGAAGCCAUCGCUGCGAGGCUUGCCAAGGCCUCUAACACAGCCCCCGGCCCCGACUCCAUCGACUUCAAGACCCUCAAGUCUAAGGACCGUGGGGCCCACAUCAUGCACUCCAUCUUUAGCUACUGCUACAGGGCCAAGAACAUCCCAGCAGCCUGGCGCUCCUCUAGGGCCAUCCUCCUUCACAAAAAAGGUCCAAAGGAGGUCCUUUCCAACUGGCGCCCAAUUGCCCUCUCAAAUUGCCUGUAUAAAUUGUAUACAGGGGUCCUCGCCGACGCGAUCCUCAGCUGGUCAAUCACCACAAAUGCCAUUUCCAAGGAGCAGAAAGGAUUCAUGCCAUAA